AUGAGUUCUCGCAAGUACUGGGUAGUAUUUGGGGGUAUAUCUCCAGGAAUAUAUGACAAACAACCUUUCACUGCCUACAGUGGAUCCGACACUCACUACUUUCCCUUGGUAAUUCACUGUCAGACCAACACUCAAGCAGAAAAACUGUUUUCUCUUCACGAUCUCGUAUGUUCCGUGCCAACAGAAGAUGCUAUAGUUGUCGCACGCGCAUUUAUGGACUCUGAUGCUGCACAAGGUGUGCUUCAGAAGGAACGUCGGGAGGGCACACUUCAGGGCUUCUAUGGAAUUGCAUCUGCUUCUAGGAAAGAUUGCCACCAACUGGUGUCUGGAUAUUGCAGUCCGAUGUACAAGAAAUUCGAAACUUUUGCGGACGCUGUCGCUUGGAUGAUCAUGAAAGGAAAGUGUAUUGAUGGCAGACCCAUUGGCGGCAAGAUAGGUCUCAUGAAAGAGAAGGUUGUAGAGUCACCUGUUGUCGAGGUAUCAAAUCUCUCCCUCGACCCUCCAAAGAGGCUUCUUUCAACUGUCAGUUCGAUCUUGGGUGAAUCUUCCGCCCCUCACAAUCGCCCAUCUCUCGCUACAUCCUCGAAUGCACCAGUGCGGGUGUACCAGUACAUGCGGGAAUUGAGCGGUAUUCAAUCAACACUCUAUAGCCCACCUCCUGCUGACGAUACACCCCUCCGAUCUUUUGGCGAUAUACCUGAUAGCUAUCUUGAGGCCCAUGGUUAUUCUUCUCGUGCCCUCCUCUGCAUUCAGCAUGCCCUGGAUGUUAGUAUGUCUGGGCAACAGUUUGUCAAUAAUCUGUCAAGUAGAGGCCUUCCUGUUGCAGAGGCUCGGUGGUUGUGGCUUAUCGUCACUGGAGACAACGAAUCCUAA